UUUAACUACUGUUGGAACCACCCAGUGGUGAUGUCAGUGUGUUGAUGUGCUAUGCCAGGAAGUCCGGAAGAAAAACGGGAUUCAUGUGUUGCCUGAGCGGGUGACACUGCUCCAAGUAGGCGAGAUUGCCUCGACCCUCGUUGAAAUCGUUUCGAUCUGGUACUAACUGAGACUGCCAGCCAUGGGCACUGGAAUGUCUAAGAUCUUGGAUGGCCUGUACCUGGGGAAUAUUAGAGACUCGCAGGACAAGGACAAUCUGGUUAAGAAUGGAAUCACGCAUAUCCUGUCGAUUUACAACAAUGCCAAGCCUGUGCUGGAGGACAUGAGGUAUCUCUGCAUUCCUGCAUCUGAUUCCUCAAACCAGAAUCUGAUACAAUACUUUAAGGAAUGUAUCAAGUUUAUCCAUGAAAGUCGAAUUCAUGGUGGAGGAUGCAUUGUCCAUUGCUUGGCUGGAGUUUCACGCAGCACAACCAUGGUGGUGGCUUACCUCAUGACGGUGACUGAUUACAGCUGGGAGGAGUGUUUGUUCGCAGUGAAGUCUGUCCGAUCGUACGCCAACCCAAACAUUAGCUUCCAGCAACAGCUCCAAGAGUUCGAGGCAACUCUUGUAAAAGAGUAUCGGAGAUGGCUUCGGGCAGAAUAUGGUGAGAAUCGAUUUAACGACAAGCAGGAGAUUGAGAAGAUGGUGUCACAGUACAACGAGAAGCAGAGGCAACGGCACCCGAGAUAUGGGGAGCAACAAGGCACCGACCAGUCAGCAAACGUCUAUCCUCUCCCUUACAAAGCCUAUGGCAGUAGCAGCCAUGACUGGGUGAACAGAUAAUGGGGAUCAGUGCCAGACUGCCGUAUGUCACCUUAUUCAUUGUAAAUUAGCAGGAAUAUAUGUAGAAUAGAAGCCCGUGGUGCAAUAUUAUACAAGAGUAUUAUGUGUACACACAGAAUUCUUUUUUUGUUUACCACUGACAGUUUUCCUUAGCAACAUUGAGAGAGUUGUGCCUUUUCUUAAAUCAAGUGCCUAACUAAGAUUUGAGUUCAGUUGGAUUAGGCCAGCUCCUUUUCUUUGUUCAGAACCAAUGUUUGCUGUGAUAUCUAUGGGCUAAUUCCUGUUGGCCUGGAAUCUAACAAUGGAUGAUAUUGCCACUUUUACACAGAGACUUUGACAGUGUUUUAAAAUGCAAACGUUUUAUUCCCUAUGCAGGUCAGCAGUUGUAUUUUCUUUCCUCUCUGCCAAACAGAUUUUAAAAAUGUGUAAAAUAAAAUUCAAAAUUUG